CAUCCAUCCACACGCUCGGCAUCCACACUCCACACUCUCCCGUCCCAUCCCAUCCCUCCAUCCCAUCCUCCAUCAAACAACAAACCUACCUACCUACCUACCUACCUACCUACCAACCCUCCUCCCUUUCACCACUACCACCAACGGCAUCGUCACCAUCACCGUCACCACCACCACCACAACCAUACCUGCGAUCGCACUCACCGCCAACACCAUAUACUCUCUACUCGCCAUAUCCAUACCCACCCAGUCGUCUGUCGGACCAAACUCCAAUUCUUUCCCGCGCCGCCGCCCAUGUGCCGCUCGACAAUCCCGCCCUCACCGCUGAUGAAGCCAUACUAGCAUCUUCACCGCCCGCCCCAACCGGUGCUCCUCGUGGCGGAUUUCAUAACUCCUCCUACCCCAGACGUCGCCAUCGACCACGCUUCGCGGGCGCAUCGCGAUAAUACAACGCAGCUCUGUCCGCGACAAUGACGAGGAGAGAGACGGUCGACCGCCAUGCUUCCAUCGACAGCUGGCGCUCCGACGAGACCGUCAAAGGCAAUCUCAGCAGCCGGACCAGGCCGCCUGUGACUGUAAAGACGUCCAAGGACGGCACCAAACAAGGAGAAAAGGAAUCCGAGAUAUCUCCCGGGACUGUUCCACCCAUCCCCCCUCCCAAAGACCCGUUACACAAAAGCCGCAAAAAGUCAAACCCCAUCUGGGAGAACCCACGGAUGAAUGAAUUCAGAGACUAUCGGAAAGACCUAGCAGUACUGGAGACCGCUGGAGGCCGAGUCCCAUCCAUCUCACGAAACCCGCCCACCGCCACCUCCCCGACCCCGCCCUGGUCUGGAACGAAUGGAUCCGUAAUGCCGCAGAGCGUGUUCGGCGGAAGUUUCUACAACGAUUCCAAUGAAGAUAUAGCACAACUCUCGCCAGGCUUCCGCCCCGGAAGUGGAAGGGAGGACGCCAUGGGAUUUCCCGCAGAUGACCGCCGCCCAUCCGUGGUCAGCACCACCACGGUCAGUAGCUCAGGGUCCAAGUCCAGCUUGAGCCGAGGAUUCCACAAGAAGUUACAGGGCUUCUUCGGCGACGAAUUCCCUGGGGACUCGCGUCAAAAUUCCGAUACCAGCCUGCCAACCCCGUUUGUUGCGGAAACCCAAUCCACCCGAAGCGUGCGAAAUCGAAACAACUCAGUGAACAAUACGGUGGGAAGCAGCCUAAACAGCAGGCCUGCCUCGCCCGCGCCCUCUCGACCCCGCACUCCCCUGCCCUCAUCCGAAGUUACACCUUGGGAGUUUCAAGAUACCAAGGAUGAUCCUUCUCAAAGCGAAAACGGGCGCCGCUCGUCAUUCGAGCAACAUACCAGUAAACCUCACAAAUCACACCGGAUUCGGAUUCCCGGCCAUCGACACAAUCGCAGCAAGGACGACGCAAAGACAUCAGAAACCCGUUCAGAGGGACGCGUUGAUAUCAGUCAACCUUACCCACUGCGGCCAGUCACCAGUCGGGAGGACUCGUCGUAUAGUCUCCGGGGGGGGCCACAGUACCAAUCAUCACUCAGCUCUGCGCUAAACUCCAGAACAAAUCUCAGUGCUCGGCCCUCGAGUCCGACACCGAGCGCUUUCAGCGAAAUGUCUCGGGACCAUACCUCGCAGAGGUCGCCAAACACCUCCAAGCCGCGAUUUUUCCGAAACCUACUGAAAGGCGGAAAAGACAAGACCGAUCGACCGGCGGCAGAGUCGCUCCAGAACCUGCCAGUAUCCACCACCUCUCUUCAGCCUUCGAUUCGCUCCGCAAAGCAGACCCCACGAGCCGAACCUUCCCCUAGCGUUUUCCCUUCGAAGAGGAAGGGUGCACUAGAGCCAAGCAGUAGGGACAAGAGCUAUGUGUCUGUUAGAGACGGAAAACGGUCUGGUCUGCCGUUCAAGAGCCGGCGAUAUGGCUCGGCAGCCGACCAGCCCAAGGGCAAAGACCCGAAUGAAGCGAACGCAGAUGCGGUUAUGAAUAAUGCCCUGUGGGAUCUUGACACUGAUCUCGACCACAUGGAAGGCAUCGUCAGCCGCCAUCACCAACCGCCAAUGACCCCACCUACUGGUGAUGUGCCCACCGGAGCCUGGCAAGCAGACGAUAACAAGCAGGAUCCGAAAUGGGAUGUGCCUGAUUCUUGGGCGGUCAGAAGACCUGGCGAAGGCAAUGUCUCUCGGAUGGAGGAAUUCGAUGAAACGGGCGCAACGCCCAAAGAGGAGGACACUUCGAAGACAUUCUGUGUGCGAAUUUUCCGAGUCGACUCCACAUUCGCGACAUUGUCUGCCACGAUCAACACUACAGUCGCCGAGAUUAUAAGAAUUCUAGGGAAGAAAACCCUACUUCAGGACGAGCUCGACAACUACCAUAUCGUAAUGCGAAAGCACGACACCUCGAGGCAACUAGACUCCCACGAGCGACCAUUGUUGAUACAGAAGCGCCUCCUGGAACAGGCCGGUUAUACCGACGCUGAUCGCUUAGAAGAAGUUGGACGAGAGGACAAUAGCUAUCUGUGCCGCUUCACGUUCAUUCCUGCCAAGAUGAGUGGGUACGCCAGCUUAGAGAAGGAUCCAGGGUUCAGCAAGAUGCAGAAGUUCAGCCAUAUUGACCUGCAAGGCCGGAAUCUCAUAACCAUUCCAAUCACUCUUUAUCAGAAAGCGACGGAGAUCAUUCAGCUCAACCUGUCACGAAAUCUCUCUCUAGAUGUUCCGAAGGACUUCAUACAGGCUUGCACCAAUCUUCGGGAGAUCAAGUACACAAGCAACGAGGCACGGCGUUUACCUCCCAGUCUGUCGUUGGCUAGCCGAUUGACCAUGCUCGACAUUUCCAAUAACCGUCUCCAAUCCCUGGACCAUGUUGAUCUUUACAAACUUUCCAGUCUCCAGGGUCUUCGGCUAUCCAACAAUCGCCUUACCCAGCUUCCCAGCUACUUUGGCCAAUACCGUGCACUCAGGAGUCUUAACCUCAGCUCCAAUCAGUUGACAGAGUUCCCAGACUUCCUGUGCGAUGUUACGACCCUCGUAGACCUCGAUAUAAGCUUCAACGCCAUCUCUAGCCUCCCCAAGAUUGGCCAACUCACAUGUUUGGAGCGUUUGUGGGCUACUAACAAUAAGCUUUCCGGAAGUUUCCCUUCUUCCCUUAGCAAUUUGAUCAACCUACGGGAAAUCGACGUCAGGUUCAAUGCUCUUGACAGUAUGGAUGUCAUGUCUCUGCUUCCACGACUCGAGUACCUCAUGAUCGGCCACAACUCCAUAUCCGCAUUUGAGGGGUCCUUCCCGAAGAUCCGGGUAUUACACAUGAAUCACAAUCCGGUCACUCGUUUCGGCAUGAGUGCUCCUGUACCAACACUUACCGCUCUCAAUCUCGCGUCUGCCCAAUUAGCACAGCUACCAGAAGAUUUGUUCCAGAAGAUCAAUGGAUUGACAAAACUAAUCUUGGACAAGAAUCAUUUCAGGUAUCUCUCUGCUCAAAUUGGCCGAAUGUACAAACUCGAGCAUCUUAGCAUAGCGCGGAAUUCACUCGAUGAUCUUCCUGCCGAAAUCGGAAAGCUUUCUCAACUGCGCUACCUAGACGUCCGAGAGAACAACCUGGGGCGAUUGCCUGCGGAAAUUUGGUACGCACGCCGCCUCGAGACGCUAAAUGUAUCCUCGAAUGUGCUGGAUACCUUCCCCAAACCAUCUAUACCACCCCCGUCUUUCAUCAAUGGAGAUGGCCUCCAACUUGACGGCGUUACUCCUCUUUCAACACCAGGUCUAGAAACCAGCCCAAGUUAUGAGGAGCUAGGAAAAUUAGAGGACUUCCAGAACCGGCGUCCUAGUCAGGCGUCUGGCGGUUACCUCAGCUCAGGCACCUCACCUGCUGCUUCCCAAAGGAAAGGCUCCAUGGCUUCUUUCGGCACUGCAAAUUCGACCAGGAAGCCGUCUAUUGCAUCGCGAGUGACUACGGAAGGCACCGUCACCCCGAUUACGAGGAAAGACUCAAGUUUAUCAAAUAAGCUUGCCGUGACAUUUGCUGGCUCUUUACGACACAUCUUCCUCGCCGAUAACCGCCUGACAGACGACGUAUUCGAUGAGCUUGCCAUGCUCCCAGAUCUGCGCAUUGUCAACUUAUCUUACAAUCUCAUCUACGACGUACCUGCUCGAACCAUUCGCAGAUGGCCUCAUCUUGCUGAAUUAUAUCUCUCUGGUAACGAUUUGACUUCAUUGCCAGCGGAGGAUUUGGAGGAAGUCACAUCCCUCAAGGUUCUCCACAUCAACAGUAACAAAUUCCAGGUUCUUCCCGCAGAACUUGGCAAGGUGUCAAAGCUCGCUAUCUUGGAUGUUGCCAGUAAUUCGUUGAAAUACAACGUCUCAAAUUGGCCAUACGACUGGAAUUGGAAUUGGAACCACCACCUCAAGUACCUCAAUCUGUCCGGCAACAAGCGUCUCGAGAUUAAACCAAGUGGCCCAUUCAGCGGUGGUGGUGCCGCCAUGCGGGAGGGAAGGGAUCUAACCGACUUCACAUCCUUGACCACCCUGAGGGUCUUGGGUUUGAUGGACGUGACAAUGAUGGUCCCAUCAGUCCCUGAGCAGACCGAGAAUCGGAGAGUUCGAACUUCGGGCUCCGCCGUUGGAACCAUGGCCUAUGGCAUGGCCGAUAGUCUUGGUCGCAACGACAACGUAUCCACGAUGGAUAUGGUCGUUCCGCGCUUCCGCAGCCACGACGACGAACAGAUCUUGGGUUUGUUCGAUGGGCAGCCGCUUAGCAGCGGUGGAUCAAAGAUUGCCAAAUUCCUCUACGACAACUUCAAGAACAGGUUCGCAGAUGAAUUGGAACGCUUACGUCCUAACGAGAAUCCGGGAGAUGCCUUGCGUCGUACUUACCUUUCCCUGAACAAGGAGUUGGCCACUGUAGCAUCGCAGUCAGUGGAUCGUGUCCCUCCUACCGUAGGCGGGCACCGCGGUUCUGUGCCAGAUCUCGGAGACGACGAUGUUCAAUCUGGCAGUGUCGCUACCAUCCUAUACCUGAAAGAGAUGGAACUCUACAUCUCGAACGUUGGCGAUGCCCAAGCACUCUUAAUCCGAUCAGAGGGCGGGCACAAGAUUCUCACUCAAAAACAUGACCCUGCUGAGUCCAGCGAACGGAACCGCAUUCGGGAGGCGGGUGGAUUCGUAUCUCGCCAAGGCAGACUCAACGAGGUCUUGGAAGUAUCUCGUGCUUUUGGCUACGUGCAGAUGUCCCCGUCGGUCAUUGCCUCGCCGUAUAUCACAAAUCUCACGUUGGGCGACACUGACGAGAUGAUCCUAAUUGCAUCCCGUGAACUAUGGGAAUACCUCACCCCGGACUUCGCGGUUGAUGUGGCACGAUCGGAGCGCAGUGACCUGAUGCGCGCGGCACAGAAGCUUCGUGAUCUUGCCAUAGCAUUUGGCGCCACCAACAAGAUCAUGGUUAUGCUUCUGGGCGUUAGCGACCUCAAAAGCAAACAGCGCGCUCGCUUCAGGACCCAUAGCAUGUCAAUGGGCCCGUCUGGCUCACCAGAUGAUUUCUUCUCAAUCAGAAAGGUGGGCAAGCGUGCUAAGGAUCUCCCCAACUCUUCAACACUACAACGACUCAACCAAGAGAUUCCCGCACCGACGGGAGAGGUCAGCUUGGUCUUCACGGAUAUCAAGAAUUCGACACUGCUAUGGGAGACUUACCCCAUUGCAAUGAGAUCAGCCAUCAAACAACACAACGAUCUCAUGCGGCGACAGUUGCGCAAUGUCGGUGGUUAUGAAGUGAAGACUGAAGGUGACGCAUUCAUGGUUGCCUUCCCAACCGUGACUUCUGCUCUAUUGUGGUGUUUCACAAUUCAAAGCCAUCUACUCGACGUACAAUGGCCACAAGAGAUUCUUAACAGUGUCAAUGGACAAGAGGUCGUCGACCCCGAUGGUAAUGUCAUCUUCCGCGGUCUUUCGGUUCGCAUGGGAAUACAUUAUGGCCAACCGGUGUGCGAAAUUGAUCCGGUAACGAAGCGUAUGGACUACUUCGGCCCCAUGGUCAAUCGCGCCUCCCGUAUCUCUUCCGUUGCCGAUGGAGGCCAGAUUACCGUCUCGUCGGAUUUCAUUGCAGAGAUUCAACGACUCCUGGAAACGCACAUCGAAGGCGACCGGAGCAACUCCGUCGGUUCUGAGGAUGCUAUGAUGGACGACUCUAUGACCCAGGCUAUUCGGCAAGAGCUUCGGUCUCUCAGCAGUCAGGGUUUCGAGGUCAAGGAUCUUGGAGAGAGACGGUUGAAGGGACUGGAAAAUCCUGAAUACAUCUACUUGAUGUACCCACAUUCCCUUGCCAGCCGUCUGACCGUGCAGCGUCAAUUAGAAGCGAAGCAACCACAACCCGCUGAAGCUGGAUCGAUCGGCCAGAAAAUGCCUGGAAGCCAACUCACCAUUGACACAGAGCAUGUUUGGGACCUAUGGAAUGUCAGCUUGCGCUUGGAGAUGCUCUGCAGUACACUGGAGAAUCCAGAGUCUGUAGAGCUCAAGGCCCCUGAAACGGCGCUGCUAGAGAGGAUGAAGAACCGGGGUGGUGAAAUCACAGAUCGUUUCUUGAUUAACUUUGUCGAGCAUCAGAUUUCAAGAAUCGAGACAUGUACAACCACCCUCGCUCUCCGCCACAUGGUGAGACCGUUCGGACAGAAUUCAUUGCUCCAGCAAGCCUGCCCAAUGGCCGACAUUCUUACCGAGCUACAAGCACAACUCAAAGAGCUCCAGCAAUUUAAGGACGAUGCCUCUUCGCAAAUCGUAUCGGCAUAGUCUUCCCGAACCACCUGCGCGUACCUAACACAUUCAAACGAAGUCUACGAGGAACUCUUCACACGUACGAUAUAUAAUUCUAAUACUGCAUAUAUGGGGCUCUUCCUGUUUUCAAAGCCCACAUACGUUCAUACCUGGCGCUUUCGCCAGAAUCUUCUUGU